AAGGUGGUGGCGAGACCGCCGAGCGAUUCAGGACCCGUUUCAGGCUCGCAGUCACGUUUUACCAGCGUCUCGACGCGCUGCUGCCGAUAAAGCCGAAGAGGAGGGCGGAGAAGACGAAGAAGAGAAGAAGAAGGAGAAGAGAAAGCCUCUUCGACGACGAGGGCUUCGGCAAGGACUUGCAGACUGUGCCUCUUCGAGAUUAUCUCCGAGAUGUCGAGGUCGACGGAUCACGUGGUCCUUCGCGGUCUUCCGCUGCUGGUCAUCAUGGCGACCUUGAGUGGGGCACAGUUCCGGUGUCCCGAGCUCAAGGGUUUCUUCCCCGACCUGGAGCAGUGCGAUCUCUACUACGCCUGCGUGGACGGCCAGCCUGAGGAGAGGCUCUGCAAAGACGGCCUCGUCUUCAGGGACGACAACCCCAAAAAGGAACUCUGUGACAUACCGGCGAACGUGCCUUGCGGCGAUCGCACCCUCCUACAGGAACCACAUGCUAGCAAAGGCUGUCCCCGCGCAAACGGCUAUUUCACGCACGAGGACCCGGCCUCGUGCGACCGCUUCGUUAAUUGCAUUGACGGGGUGGCGCAGGUGGUGCCUUGCCCACCUGGACUGAUCUAUGAGCCGAAGAUGUCGAGCUGCGUCUGGCCGGCGGACGCGAGUCGCCUCUGCGAGAACGUCAAGCGCGACGUUCUCGACGAUGGCUUCGUCUGUCCGGACGGCGACGUAGCCGGCCCAUCCGGCAGGAUCCUGCCACACCCGACCUAUCCGCACCCCGAAGAUUGCGCCAAGUUCUACAUCUGCAAGAACGGCGUGGUGCCGCAAAAGGGUCAGUGCGAGAGUGGCACCGUUUACAACGAGGAGAGCUUCAGGUGCACCGAACCGGAGUUCGUGCAAGGAUGUGAGGACUACUACAAGCGCAAGAACUGAGCCAGGAGAGCGCGAAGGGGCGCCGGUCUCAACCGCGGCUACGUGUGCAGCGCUUAUCUUUUUACUUGUGGGAACAAUAAACGCGUGAUACGCGCGCUCGCUUACGUAAGCGCGCCGCGUGUGGUCUUUGCGAGAGAGCGCGAUCAUACCCGCUCCGCCCCACCCGCCACAAAUUGCUACCCCUUUCUCCUUUUACGUAAACGAAUUCGCCGGUCGGAAAAUCCGUAGCGCGCCACGUCGUCGCGGAUCACUUACUCGCGCAACGACGAUAUCGCGUUAAUGUCCGUACGUUGGAUAAACGCCACCGCUCGCCAACCGGUCCGAUUUUAUAUAAUUAUCGAUUAUACGCGCGAGAUACGUGGCAUUUUAUUGUAAAAGGCGCGCGCGGAUACACGCGCGCGCACGCUCGCACUCGUCCGCAAUUCCGUGAUUAAGUAACCCGUAUAAUGAGACUAUUUAUUAUAAUCCAUUCGGGAAUCGAUCCCCUUUCACUCUUAGACGUUGCUUUCAAGUAACGUUUCUACCGUAAGAAUCACGCUGUGUUAUGCGUAUGUCCUGUAUGACGUCCUUUACACGCAUUUUAUACGCGGGCAUUUUACACACGAAAAUGCCUUCGCUCCGGCUCGCAAUAUCUCGGCAGAUUCGGAAUCAGUUUUGCUUCGAGACAUUCUCAAGAUAUUCAGAGAUCCCGUGCCGAGAGAAAGAGAGAAUCGUUUUGCAGCACGUAAGAUAUGUGUACGAUGAGUGAUUAAUAAAAUAAUCGAGCCAUAAGUGCCUUACGAAA